UUAAGAAAAAAAUUCAUCAGCUGACAUAAUAAUAUUACAAGUAUUGUAUAUCUUCUCGAUCAUUAAAAAGUAUUUAAUUUUGUAAGCUGAUAUAAUUUGAAGUUAUGUCUGAUAGCGAGGAGAAAAAGCACCACCACUUCUUCCACCGCCACAAGGAGGAGGCAGAUGAGGAGCCUAAGGACCCCGAACAGGAGUUGAAGCAUCACAAGGUCCUUGGACACGUUAGCAAGGCUACUGCCGUUGCUGCUGGUGCUUAUGCCUUGCAUGAGAAGCAUAAGGCAAAGAAGGAUCCAGAGAAUGCUGACCGCCACAAGAAAGUAGAGGCGAUCGCAGCCACGGUUGCAGUGGGAGCUGGUGGGUUUGCAUUCCAUGAACAUCACAAGAAGAAGGAAGCCAAGGAAAAACUCAAAGAGGCGGAGAGUGGUCAUUAAACUAAAAUUUAAACCGUGUGUUUGAUUUUUGUUCUAAUAAAUACUCUUAAUUUG